GACGGAGCGCUUCGUGGACACACACACACACACUAAGAACCGAUUUAACGUGUUUGGCUUUGCUCAAACGGGGGGUGAAAAUAAAGGUUAUCAUAACGGCGGUGCUGGAUACCGGGAGGACGGUAUGGGGGAGCACACGGCGUUUCUGUUGUUACUGGUGGCGACCUUGACGCUUUCAUCCGAGGUGCCUGCCGAUGACUCUGUGGGCUUGCUGACCGAGCCGCAGGUGGCCAUGUUCUGUGGGAAACUCAACAUGCACAUCAACGUGCAGAGCGGCAAAUGGGAGUCUGAUCCCAGACCAUCGGCACCAAGAGGCGGCAAAAACAUUUAUAUUUUUCACUUAUUUCUACAGGUGUAUCCAGAGUUGCAGAUCACAAAUGUCGUGGAGGCCAACCAGCCAGUCAGCAUCCCCAACUGGUGCAAGAAAGGCCGCAAACAAUGCCGCAGUCACACAUACAUCGUGGUGCCAUACCGCUGCCUGGUUGGGGAGUUUGUGAGUGACGCCCUGCUCGUUCCUGACAAGUGUAAGUUCCUGCACCAGGAACGUAUGGACCAAUGUGAGAGCCACCUGCACUGGCACACUGUAGCCAAAGAGUCCUGCGGAGACCGCUCCAUGAAUCUCCAUGACUACGGGAUGCUGUUGCCGUGUGCUAUCGACCGUUUCCGAGGGGUGGAGUUUGUGUGUUGCCCGGCGGAAGCAGAGCGAGAGGCAGACAGCGUGGAGCUCGAAGGGGAGGAAUCUGACGUCUGGUGGGGUGGAGCUGAGGCCGAAUACUCUGAUAACAGCAUGACGCGUCCCGCGGACACCGAACCGGCCACCACCGAGGACGACGAAGACGAGGACGAAGAGGAAGAAGCCUUCGACGGGGAUGAGAACGGUGACGGAGACGAGGACGAGGAGGAAGACGACGACGUGACAGACGAACGGGAUAGCGAUGAGCGCAAUGCUAACAUCGCCAUGACGACCACAACCACCACGACUACUGAAUCGGUUGAAGAGGUUGUUCGAGCGGUUUGUUGGGCUCGGGCCCAGUCGGGCCCUUGUCGUGCCACGCUGGAGCGCUGGUACUUCGUGCCUGAGAAGGGCCGCUGUGCUCCCUUCUUGUUUGGGGGCUGUGGGGGCAACAGGAAUAACUUUGAGUCGGAGGAGUACUGCCUCGCUGUCUGCAGCAGCUCGUUGCCCACCAUGGCCCCCAGCCCUCCAGACGCCGUGGAUCGGUACCUCGAGUCUCCCGGGGAUGACAGCGAACACACCGAUUUCCAGAAGGCCAAAGAAAGCCUGGAGGCCAGACACCGCGAAAAGAUGUCCGAGGUGAUGCGGGAAUGGGAGGAGGCUGAGAGACAGGCCAAGAACCUUCCUCGCGCUAACAAGAAAGCCGUCAUCCAGCACUUCCAGGAGAAGGUGGAAGCUCUGGAGCAGGAGGCGGCAGGAGAAAGACAGCAGCUGGUGGAAACCCACAUGGCUCGGGUGGAGGCUCUGCUCAACAGCCGCCGACGCCUGGCCCUGGAAAAUUAUCUCAAUGCACUGCAGGCCAAUCCUCCGCGGCCCCGUCAGGUGUUGACUUUGCUGAAGAAGUACGUCCGUGCAGAGCAGAAGGACAGGCAGCACACGCUGAAACACUACGAGCACGUCCGCACGGUCGAUCCCAAGAAGGCCGCGCAGAUCCGACCUCAGGUUUUGACCCACCUGCGUGUGAUUGACGAGAGGAUGAAUCAGUCUUUGGGUCUGCUGUACAAAGUACCAAGUGUGGCUAACGAGAUCCAAAACCAAGUCGCCGUUAUCAUGCAGAGAGUUCAGUCGGAGCUGUCUCAGCAAGUCUCUUCCCUGCAGAGCGAUGGGCGGGUGGAUGGCAGGGUGAGUUAUGGAAACGAUGCUCUGAUGCCUGAUCAGGCCUACAGCUCUGCUCCCAUGGAACCGGGCCUGGACGGACUGGGCUUCAUUCACCCCGAGAGCUUCAACCAGCCCAACACAGAGAACCACGUUGAGCCCGUUGAUGCUCGUCCAAUUCCAGACAGAGGACUUCCCACAAGACCUGUGUCAGCCCUGAAGCCUGAGGUGCGUAUGGAGACUGAAGACAGGCAGAGCGCCGGUUAUGAAGUUUACCAUCAAAAACUGGUGUUUUUCGCCGAGGACGUCGGGUCCAAUAAAGGCGCCAUCAUCGGGCUUAUGGUCGGAGGGGUCGUCAUAGCGACCGUCAUUGUCAUCACCUUGGUGAUGCUGAGGAAGAAGCAGUACACGUCCAUUCAUCACGGCGUAAUUGAGGUGGACGCGGCGGUGACCCCAGAGGAGCGGCACCUGGCCAAGAUGCAGCAAAACGGCUACGAGAACCCCACCUACAAAUUCUUCGAGCAGAUUCAGAACUAAAGAGCCGCUCGCCAACAUUUUCCUUGAAGCGUGCCCCCCCCCACCGCCACCCACAUUCUCGCCCUCACGGUCUGUUGCUACAGCUUCACUUUUACUCACCCUCUUCACGGGGGGGGGGAAAGGUGUGAGGAUUACCACAAAAGAUGAUGUUUUAAUUAAAUGUCCGUACGUGUCAGUCAGCAGGGGAUCGGCCUAAAGGAAACACGACAUGGAACAAAUCCGUCUUGAUCCCGAUAAAUUCCCCCCGUAAUUGGUCUGACAAGGGUAUCGAGUUAAACCCGCACAUCUCAAGCCGUCGUAUCAUUUGUACUGAAGAACCCUGCUGACUGUCUUUAUGACACUAACACCCCCCCCCCCACCCCCCGCUCUGCUCUCAGAGCGACCCGCCGCACGAUUCAAGUGUUUCAGGUUUGUUUUUCAAAAAAGGUGAAAAAGAAUAAUCAAAAAUAUAUAAAAGUUGGGGGGAAAAAAAUUAUAUUAAAUGUUUGUUUUUUGGAUUUUUAUUUUUAAUGUGUAAUAUAUUAAGACAGAGAUUAGCUGUAAGUAUAUAUGUAGUGCAUGGCUAUAUUGAUGACUGAUUAUACUGUAUGUGGAGGUCCGGGGGGGAAAGAAGGGGGAGCAGACCUCUCCGUAGAUAUUUUAGCAGGAUUGUACAUUUCUAGUGUCUUCUUUGUGAUCUUGUGAUAUGAAGAAGGAACAAAAAAAAAAAAAAAACAAGAAAAAAAAUGAGUAUUCAGAAUCUGGUCUGCUUUGUCGUCACACAGACUUGCUUUAACUGAAUCCUGGCUCAUCUCCAUGCUUCACCGUUGUGUUAGCUGCAUGGGCAAAACGCUCUCUCUCUCUAUGUAAUAUAUGAAGUGUAAUAGUAUCCGAAAGGAAUAUGAUUGUGUUACUGUUUGCGUUCUAUGCACUCUUUGUCAUUAUGGAAGUUUAUUCUCACCAAAUAUUAAUUCGCAGCACCUUUUGGGUUUCUAUCAGAACGAGGAUCAAGGUCAAACUUUUAGACGGAAAAUUUUUACCGAAGCGUAUCAUUCCAGAUUUAUCAUUCCACCGUCUUGAUUGUAAAUAUUUGGAUGAUGGAGAUCUGGCUUUUGCUGGCACAGUUUCAUUAUCAUUUCCAUUUGUCUUCGCUUUCACAACCCCCCCCCCCCAACGUCUCAUGUUUAUCCUGUCCCUCCAGUUGCGUCAGCAAUAUUGUACAGUGCAGCACUCGAGUGUGAUAUAUCGACGAGGCUUCAAAGAUCAGACAUUUUCCAGAUGGUCCGAGUCUCUUCUCACGACACACACUCCUCCACCAAAUCUCACACACACAUUCUAUUUUUCUACAUUACCUGUGUAUACAUGUACAGUGCUUCUGUGUGUGUCCAGUGGUUGAGCGCUUCUUUGCCUGCGCAUCUGUUAAACCUGUAAUAGUCGACACGAACGGGCGCCAAAAAAAAUCACCACAUCUGACACCAAGAGACACGUCCCCCCCCCCCUCGAAUUAAGUUAUUCAUAGUCAACAUGAAUGUGCCAGGCAUAUUGUGCAAUUAUAUCAUAGAAAUACAACACAUAUCACCUCUACCCACGUUGUGUACAGACGCACCAAUUGAAGCUCUUAAUCAGGUGAAUGUUAAAAGUUUGUAUUGAUGCUCACUCUCGGGGCGUAGUGAUUAAAAAUCGUUUUUGUUCCUCCCAUUGAGUCGGUGACCUUCCUCUGUGUGUAGUUAAAUGAACCAUUUGCUUAGAGUUAAGAAGAAGCUUUCUACACUCACUAUACCAUGAAUAAAAUUUUGAAUGUA